AUUUCCAUCUGACUUUGUAUUUAUACUAAGAGAACUGCAAUCAUGGUUGCCGUCAAAAAACAGAAAAAGGCUUUGGAAAGCACCAACUCCCGUUUGGCCUUGGUGAUGAAGUCUGGCAAAUAUUGCUUGGGUUAUAAACAAGCUUUAAAAACCCUGCGUCAAGGCAAAGCGAAAUUGGUGCUGAUUGCCAGCAACACUCCAGCUUUGAGGAAAUCAGAGAUUGAGUACUACGCUAUGUUGGCGAAGACCGAAGUUCAACAUUACAGUGGCACCAACAUCGAAUUAGGUACCGCUUGCGGUAAAUAUUUCCGUGUGUGCACCAUGUCCAUCACUGAUCCUGGAGAUUCGGACAUCAUUCGAUCGCUGCCAGACAAUUAAAUCAUCACUGAAGAUGAUAUUUUUUAUAUAAUAAAAACAAAAUCAUAAACAAUCCA